AUGAUGCCGUCCGCCGCGCCCGCGCCCGCCGCGUGCGCGAUGCGCGCGGUCGCCGCGCGACCUCGCGCACGCGUCGCCGCGGUGCGCGCCGUGGUGGGCGUUCCCGCGCUCCCCGCGCCGCGUCGCCGGCGCGCGAGCUCCACCUCGCGCGUCGUCGCCGUCGUCGUCGCGUCGUCGGUCGCGUCCGCCGCGCCCACCGCGACGACGCGCCUCGUCCGCCUCCGCGCGAGGAGGUCGACGAUCCGCGUCUCCGCGAGCGUCGCCGCCGCGGAGACGUCGGACGCGUCCGGCGGAGAGCAGACGCCCUCGAGCGACGAGGGCGAAUCGAAUACGAAUCCGAUCCCGUCGCUCCUCGUCGUCGCCGCCGCGAUCGCCGCCGCCGCGGCGUUCGCGUACGCGGACCUCACGCCAAUCUUCGGCGCGGUCACCGCGGAGAGCCUCGCGCCGACGCAGGACGUCCUCAGAGGCGUCUUCGCGUGGAGCAGAGCGGGCAUGAGCAACGUCGGCGACGCCGUCGCGGAGGGCGCCGCCGACGCCGCCGACGCCGCGGGCGCGGGGUUGCGAUCGCUGGCGUCGGCGCUGAAAGGCGCGCAGGGCGUCGCGGCGGAGACCGCCGCGCGAGCGACCGGGCCGUCCACGCCGCUCGCGACGUUCGUCGAGUCCACGAAGGAGGGGUUCGCGUUCGUGAAGAACGCCGCGGACCAGGGCCAGUGGGGCGUCGUGCUGACGGGGAAACCGUUCAAGGGGCUCGCCGCGGUGACGCUCACGAUCGUUCGCAUCGCGUCGUCGUGGUUCCUCUCCGGCGUGGAGUACGCGUGCGCGAUGCUGUACAGCACCCCCGCGUACGUCGCGGUGAUCAUCGCGCUCGCGCUGAACGCGCUGAACAACGCGGCGAAGGCGUCGGCGGCGGCCGCCGCCGCCGCCGCCGCCGCCGCCGCCGCGGAGGCGGAGAGAAUCGCGGCGGAGAAGGCGAUCGCGAAGGCGAAGAAGGAAGAGGAAGAGAAGGAAGCCGCCGCGCUCGCGGACACGGAGGGGCAGGUCGAGAGCGCGAUGAACGAGGAGGACCAGCGGCGCGCGCUCGCGCGCGUGAUGGACGCGAAGACCGAGAUGGCGGCGAGAGGACAGGAGACGUAUAACGACGCGUUUAAGCAGGCGUACACGCCGCCGCCGCCGCCGACGUACGUCCCGGAGUACGUCCCGCCGCCGAGGGUCGAGACGAGCGGGUACCAGGGCGUGGACCAGAGCGAGGUCGAGAGGAUCUACGCGGAGCUCACGUCGAAGUACGCGCUGGACGCCCCGACCGCGUCGUCGUCGACGUCGGGGUACGACGCGUCGUCGUCGUCGUUUCCGGGGCUGUCGUCCUCGGCGACGACGCCGGCGUCGACGUCGCCGUUCCCGUCGUCCGCGGACUACGGCCUCGGCGGGACGUCGUACGAGUCCCCGUACCCUUCGUCGUUGCCGUCGUCGGAGACGCCCGCCAGCGCCUUCGACGCGGAUGAGUUUCUGAACGCGUUCAGCGCGACGGGCGAGACGGCGGCGAGUUACGCGCCGCCCGCGCGCGUGCCGAAGCCGCGGUCGUCGUCCGCGCCGUCGUACACGGACAAGGGCGUGGAGAUACCGAGUUUCUCGACCCCGCGCGCGGAGCGCGCGCCGUCGAGGCGGGAGGUGGAAAGAGAGAAGAAGAAGCAGCAACAGGAAAAGGAGGCGGCGGCGGCGAAGGCGAAGGCGGAGAAGAAGAAGACGUCCCCGGCCGGGGCGUCGUCGCCGUCGCGCGGCGCCAGCAGCGCGGAUCUCGUGUCGUCGAUGCAGUCGGGAGGAAGCGCUUCCCCGGGGAAGAAGAAGCGGAUGUCGCGACAGGAGUUCGAGGAGAGCGUGAAGAGCGGCGACGCGGCGAACCUCGCGGGCAAGGCUCUCGGGUCCGCGCUGAAGGGCGGCAUCGGCGCGCUCGGCGACCUCGUGUCGAAGGCGUCGGAGACCGCCGCCAAAAGCGCCGCGUCGAAGCCGCCGCCGGCGGCGAAACUGCCGCCGGUGGAUAAGAUCGAGGGGACCGGGACCGUCGACGCGGGGUCGUCGGACGACGCCGUGAGCGAGGGGACGGUGAUCAAGAAGGCGCCGAAGAAGGACUGA